UUGGCAAAAUAUCGGAGGUCGGAGAAACCAAAUUGAGUGCUAGAGGGAGUGCAGUAUAUUCUAGUGAGGACAUAGGCUAUUAUAUUUCUCGUACUACAUUGUAAUAACUAAAACAAGUCAUGGGUGUAGAAAUUGAGACAAUCUCUCCAGGAGAUGGAAGAACAUUUCCAAAGAAAGGGCAGACCUGUGUUGUGCACUAUACAGGUACAGUACACAGCAUGCUGCAGAACGGGAAGAAGUUUGAUUCCUCCAGAGACAGAAACAAGCCUUUCAAGUUCAAGAUCGGUAGACAAGAAGUAAUCAAAGGCUGGGAAGACGGAGUAGCACAGAUGAGUUUAGGCCAGCGAGCCAAGCUAACCUGCACACCAGACAUGGCUUAUGGGGCUGCAGGACAUCCUGGUGUCAUCCCACCCAAUGCCACUCUUAUCUUUGAUGUGGAACUUCUUAAACUGGAGUGAAGGUGACAGGAGGAACCAAAAGAAGAGGGAAGAGGAGGCAGAUAUAGCCAGUCAUCUCAGAGAAUCCUGUUCCACUGUUCUUAGUAUCUUAAGUGUUCUACUUAUCUCCAGCUUCAUUGCCAACCUUGUCAUUUAGAUGCCGAUCUGUUUUCGUUUAAAAAAAAAAUUAAGCUUGUAUUCUUUUGUUUACAUGUUAAUUUGUUAGCUUUGUUUAUCGAAAAAAAAGAUUUUCAUCUGAAGUUGUACAUUUUGUUGAAGCUGCAAGCAACUGAAAAACAAAUACUGUAUAUUAUAUCCUCCCCCGGCCUUGUUUUAAUAUGAAUCAUUUGAUAGCAUGCAUUACUCAUUCUCAGUUCUGGCAUCACAAAAACAAAAACAAAAAAAAAACAGCUGUGUAUAAUUUUUAAAUGAAAAUCCCAACAUCCAUUAAAAUCACAAUAGGGACUGAGGAGGAUGCAUCUUCAAACCACUGCCUUACUGUUCAUGGAAACAUAGAAACGGAGCAUAAAACUGUAUUGUAUUCUGUACCUACUGGGCAUUGACAACCAAAUGUAAAACAGUCGUAAAUGUUAAAAUAGAAUGGUGACAUUCAGAUUGCUAUUUGUGAACAGACGUGGGCAGUACAACUCCGAAAUAAUAAUAGAGAAGCUAGCCUUUGCCUUUGAAAGCAGCCUUCCUGUGUUGUUGAUGUUCAUCAUUUCCUUUGGACAGUGACAUCAAUCCAAUCUGUAAUGUGUUUGAUCUCGAACAGAUGACUAGGAUUAAUACAGGCUUUUCCGUAAGCAUUUGCCUGAAGUUAUUUCCAGGAUAUUACAUAGUUUUAACAGCAUUUUUGUUUCUGUUUUACUAAAGUGAAAUCAAAAAAGCUUUCAAGAAAUGUG